AUGGCACCAUCGAAAACUUUAUCUAAAUCACCUGCUCAACUAAAAGAGCGUGAACUUCAAAUUUCGCCAUUAUAUAUCCCCAAUAUUGUGUUCAAUAAGCUUACUAUCUCUUAUAUCCGUAAUGUCACUUCCUUGGCAUUUGGAAUUUGCGCAGGAAUCCUUCAAUUGGAAUCUAUCUACGGCUUUCUUUUCUACUUUGUCGCCAGCACAUUGGUCUCUUUUCUGAUACAAGUUUUGGUCGUGGGCAGUUCCCCAUUAAGCUACUUUGUCACCCCAAAAAGUGAUGUUUUCUGGGCUGAAAUUGUCUCUUGUUUAUCGAGUUAUGUCCUAAUGUGGACUCUAUUUUACGGUCUUGUAACUGCAUAA